AUGGCAUCCACCGAAACGGUACAACCUGAAGGCCCCAAGAUCAACUCUCAAUCUGAAGGCCCCAAGACCAAACCUCAGAACAAGGUCCGCAAGCGCGCUCCCAAGGCAUGCCUUUCAUGUCGCGCUCGGAAAGUGAGAUGCGAUGUGUCCCAACGUGGUCGUCCAUGCAUGAACUGCUACCUCGACAGUGAGACCUGUGUUGUGACUGGACGCGCUUCAAGAUUUCGCAGAGCACAACAACGAGAAGGCGCCGAAGACCCACAACCUUCGUGUCCUCCGUACGAUACAGACAAUGGAGACCAGCUUCACCUCGUCAACCUUGCUCCGCCGUCAGCCGGCGACUCUCGGCCAGUACCUUCCAACGAGUUCAACGGUCAGUCCCAAUCUUGCGAUCACUCACACACCGGCGACGACAUCCCGAUAUCCACGCCCACUGCGCCGCCAAAGAGCCCGGUAGCAAACGACACGAACAGCCAUCGUCAUCCUCAUCAACAACAACGCAAUCAGCAGCAGCAACAGCAACAGCAGCAACAACACAAUCAUCAUGACCACGCUAAGCAAGCUCAUUUUGAAACGUCACCAACUAUAUCGGCGGGCACGUAUGAAACACCCUGGUUCGCUCCUGUAACGUUGAACAACCCAGUUAUUUCGUCACCAUGGGCUGCUGGACAGCAAAAUAGUCUGGGCAUAGAUGUCACCUACUCAUUCUACCCGUUUCUCUCUCUGGGCAACCUGCACGGAAUCCCGCCGCAAGAUGUCAACUACUUGGAGCUCCAGGGGUGCUUGCGGAUACCAACGCGCACAAUACUCGACGAGUUUGUGCAGCAGUACUUUCUUCACGUCCAUCCGCUGCUCCCCAUGCUCAACGAGGGCGACUUUUGGGACGUGUAUUGUUUGAAUCCCAACGGCUAUGUGCCGAAUGAAAAGUUGUCGCUGCUUGUCUUCCAGGCAAUGCUAUUCUCUUCUUGUAAUUUUGUUUCCAGGCAGACCAUCAAAACGCUUGGCUUUCCCAGCAUCCGCGCCGCUCGGGCAGCAUUUUACCGGCGUGCAAAGCUCCUCUACGACCUCGAGUCCGAAUCUUCCCCUCUCGCCAUCUCACAGUCUGCUCUCCUUCUCUCCUUCUGGUCUUCUCCCACAUCUCCGGCCUUCCGCAAAUCGAACACGGCCUGGCUUUCCAUCGCGAUCCAGAACGCCAAGAUGGUUGAGGCACACCACUACGCGACCCGCACAGCGCCGCCCAAGAAGCGCAACCUUCUCAAGCGGCUCUGGUGGUGCUGCAUCAUCCGUGAUCGCAUCGUGGGCCUAGGCUUGCGUCGUAGUUUGCAAAUCACACGGGGCCAUUUCAAUUUUGACUCGGAUGAGAUGCUCGGGUUUUCCGACUUGUCGGAUGAGCUCGAGCGGAGCCGGGUGUACAACCCGGGCACGAAGCGGUGCUUGGCCGAGAUCUUGGAGCAGCUGGUUCAGCUUUGCAUCGUACUCACCGAUAUUCUCAUUCUUGUGUUCCCGCUGGAUGAUCGCCCGGGCUGGGGUCGGGAGAUGCACGCCGACGAGCAGGAUAAGGUCCGCGGGUGUAAGGUUGCGCUGCGAGGGUGGUACAAAGGCGCCACCCUGCGAUUCCCCAUGUUCGGAGGUGGCUCCGCCGCGAGGAUGAAGUCUCCCGGAAACGAGUUCCAGCACGAUUCCGUCAUCUUGUACACCAACUUGAUGUACAUGUACUAUCACUCCUCUCGAGUCGUUCUUAGCCACCAUGAAGUCCUUCAUCUCGCCAUCACCGCAGCUGCGCCGUCCUUCAACGCGAUCCCCACCUCGGACCUUGUCAUCAUUGGAGAGAACCGACACGAGCUCCAGGACGCCGCGUCUGGAGUCACCGAGUGUCUAAAAGAACUCAUUCAUCUCCGCCUCGCCCGUUGGCUCCCGAUUAGUGCCGUUGCGUGUACAGCGUUGCCGUUGGUCUUGCACAUCCUUGACGUGAAGCUCUCGGCAUCGUCGAGAUCUUUCGACCCCAAUACACAAUCCGCGCUCAAGCAGCACCGACUCAACAUUCUCAUCGAGGCCAUGAAGACAUACCAGCCCCAGUAUGAUGGCGUAGACUGGGUGAGCGAAACGAUCCGACACAUCGUCAACCUUGCGCAGAUAGACGCGCCGCCGCCAGGGGAAGCCAAGGACACCAGCGAGGACAGUGCCGUGAUCGCAGACUGGACCGACAUUCUCGCCUCACAACCGAGUUCUUACCUCCGCCUCGCUCUGACGAUGGACCUCUCUCUAAGCAAGGGGCGCCUCCCCGAGGACGGCGACUUUCCUGUCAGCCUCCGCGGGCUCUUUACCGGAGGCUUCAACCCGCUCAAAGCGCUUCUCGAGCGGAAACGAGAAGACAGCAGAAACAUGAGCGUGGCUUUGUCUGGGACUGCGGAGUCACUGACAGACUUUGACGCCGCUGCGAUGCGUGUGAACCUCUUUCGAAUGCAGCCAGGAACAGUGACGACCAUUCCCUCAGACGAAGACACUACUUCGCCGUCAUCAGCGGGAGGCAAUAGCCAGGAAAGCGUGACGGACGACACGUCCCCUCAGACCGCAGGGACAGAAUGCCAGUACCCCGCCCACGGCGGCGGAGAUGUGGACAUGGCGGACCGUCCGCCUUCGGAAGGGAUUGAUGGUCUGGCGGCCGAGGUCUUGGCGGCAUUCCCCCUGGAAGACCAGCCGGCCAGCGUGGACGGGGACUUUGACGGCAUGUACUUUGACGGCAUGCCUGGGCACGACGGGCCUGCGGGGUGGAUCGAGACGGCGUGGAACGAGCUUACGAAUGGGCCGGGCGAGGAGAGGGCGGAUCGGGAUACGGCGCGAGUUUUGCUUGAUGCCUUGAAGGAAGGGGACUUUGCGGAGUGUGCAGCGUAG